UUGUUACGUCCCUGGUUCGUGUCGCGAUUGAGUCUGUCUUGAAAAGGGAAGAAGAUCUCGUUGUUGACAGCAGCAGCCGUCAUUUGGAGUCUGGUGCCAGCUGUCAAGCUGAUCGGACGCGUUUACGAAUCGUCACUAUGUUUCUUGUUAUUAUUCACUGUUGUGUGUUCUGUGUUCUUCAUUAAAGUGUCUCAUUGUUCCUAAAAGUGUCUCGUUAUUUCACGCGUCCCGCCAGUGCCCGAUUUUAUAAGCUGUAAAAACAUUUAACGCUGUUACACGUAUUAAAUAAAGUGAUAGACCAGAGGCAACGAGAACGUGAAGCAUUGGCUCAUCGCCAACUGUGGAAAGUAAAAAGGAGAUAGAAAACAAUAUCUCUGUUCUCCUAUACUAUCCAAUGCUAGCCGAGGCUCCGGCUCUCACAGUACGCAGUUUACGCCUGCGCGUGUCAUCCCUUCUUCUACGGUUGCGUGUUGCUCGCGUGGGCAUUCUAGCAUUAUAGAACAGCGGUAAAGCGAAAAACGACGAAGAAGGCAUGACGAAGGAAACUAGAAGCUGGAAUGAGGGGGAGAGACAGAGAGGGAAGGGAGCAAGUUGGCUAGAAACACGAAAGAAACACGAAAGAAAACGUGAUAAAUCUUGCCGCGAAUAAUAAAUUAUCGUAAAGAAUCGUUUUCGCAUUUCGUGACAUGGCGAGAAGAAUUCGCCGGGAAUAAUUUGCCGGGGAAAUUGUCCAAUUCCAAUUCCAAUUUCAGAAAUGGUCUUAGAGACACCGACAUGGCUGAAUCUGUGCUUCAUGGAGAAGGUCCUGCGAAAGUCAGAAAACGACAAUUCCAUCCAAGUAAUCGAUAUAUUCUCGAAACCGGCCACGAAUAAGGGUGACAAUUACACUAGUGACAUGAUCAGGGUUAAUGUCGAAUAUUCACGUGACCAAAGCGGCCGUAAAAUUAUGGAAAAAAAAUCUGUCAUCUUGAAAAUCAUGCCUUCAGUUGAAGGCAUUCGUAAGGAUCUUAUUGAAAUGUCGCGUGUUUUUUACACGGAAGUGUCGAUGAUGACAGACACCUUGGUCAAAAUGAACAAGUUGAUACAGCCCAAGUAUCGUUUGAGCGGAAAAGGCAUGUACGUGCAAGAAGACAAUCCAACUCUUUUGGUAAUAGAGGAUCUUGCGCCUCUCGGUUAUCGCAUAGCCAAUCGUCAUUCUGGCCUCGAUUUAGAUCAUUGUAUAUUAGCGUUGCGUGGAUUAGCCAGAUUUCAUGCAACCUCUGUAGCCAUAUGUGAGAAGGAACCAAACCAAAAAGAAAUGUAUACAAGAGGAAUGUUUAACAUCGCAUACCCGAGUGAAAUGAGAGUAUUUUUUUGUAAGGGCACUAAACAAUUGGCAGAGGAAAUGGAAAACUGGCCAGGAAUGAAGAAAUAUGUCGAAAAAAUUGCUAAAUUGGUCGACCACAUAUAUAAUAUAGGAAUAGAUAUGUGGAAAUUAUCCGAGAAUGAGUUCAAUGUUAUCAAUCACGGUGAUUGUUGGGUGAAUAAUAUGAUGUUCAAAUAUAAUGAUGAUGGCAAACCUAUUGAUCAUGUUUUCGUGGACUUUCAAAUAUGUUUCUACGGAUCGCCAGCAAUCGAUCUUCUUUAUUUCCUCAACACAAGUCCUUCCCAGGAUGUCUUUAAAAAUAACAGGGAUACUUUGUAUAACGAGUAUCUUGAUACUUUGUCGGCGACUAUGAAACAAUUAGAUUGCAAAACGCAACCACUCACUAAGGAGGAACUGAAGGCCAGUAUGAAGAAAAGAGCUUCCUUCGGAAUGAUAAUAUCAAUGACAAUAUUACCGCUAAUAAUGUCCGAUAAGGAUGAAGCAAAAGAUUUGGAUGAGUUUAUGGGCAAUGAUGGCUGUACUCCAGGUUAUAAGAAUGAGAAUUAUAAAAAAAUUAUGAUGAACAGAAUACCUAUGUACGAUGAAUUGGGCUUAUUAGAUAUUUGA